GCUUUUUGCAUUCCUUCAUUUCCGAUUUGUGUGGAGUGUAAGGUGGAGCGAAUUUUGAAUUUAAAAAUUUCAAAAAUACUAUUCUUAAGUGAAAGUCAAUGUGUAUUUUACUGUAAUAGUGAUAUUGAAUUAACCUUAUAAUGGCAACUCAACCCCACAGUCGAAAAAGAGUGUGCUAUUACUAUGAUAGUGAUAUUGGAAAUUAUUAUUAUGGUCAGGGACACCCUAUGAAACCCCAUCGUAUACGUAUGACUCAUAAUUUACUUUUGAAUUAUGGAUUAUACCGCAAAAUGGAAAUAUAUAGACCACAUAAGGCUACAGCUGAAGAAAUGACCAAGUUCCAUUCAGAUGAUUACAUUAGGUUCCUACGUUCUAUCAGACCCGACAAUAUGUCUGAAUAUAACAAGCAAAUGCAGAGAUUCAACGUUGGUGAAGACUGUCCUGUUUUUGAUGGCUUGUACGAGUUCUGUCAACUUUCGGCAGGAGGUUCUGUGGCUGCUGCUGUUAAAUUGAAUAAGCAAGCUUCAGAAAUAUGUAUAAACUGGGGCGGUGGUUUACAUCAUGCUAAAAAGUCUGAAGCUUCUGGAUUUUGCUAUGUGAAUGACAUUGUAUUGGGAAUAUUGGAAUUGCUCAAAUAUCAUCAGAGAGUACUUUACAUCGAUAUUGAUGUCCAUCAUGGUGAUGGAGUAGAAGAAGCAUUUUAUACAACUGACCGUGUAAUGACGGUUUCAUUUCAUAAAUAUGGAGAGUAUUUCCCUGGGACGGGUGACCUUAGAGACAUUGGAGCAGGCAAAGGAAAAUAUUAUGCAGUAAAUAUUCCUCUUAGGGAUGGUAUGGACGACGAAGCCUAUGAAAGCAUAUUUGUACCAAUAAUAAGUAAAGUCAUGGAAACUUUUCAACCCAGCGCUGUGGUACUUCAGUGUGGAGCUGACUCAUUGACAGGAGAUCGAUUAGGUUGUUUCAAUUUAACAGUUAAAGGUCAUGGAAAGUGUGUUGAGUUUGUGAAGAAAUAUAAUUUGCCAUUCAUGAUGGUGGGAGGUGGAGGUUACACAAUAAGAAAUGUCUCCCGUGCCUGGACUUACGAAACAUCGGUCGCUUUAGGUGUAGAGAUCGCCAAUGAACUCCCUUAUAACGAUUACUUUGAAUAUUUCGGGCCCGAUUUCAAGCUGCACAUAAGUCCCAGUAAUAUGACGAAUCAAAACACAGCUGAUUAUUUGGAAAAGAUAAAAACGAGACUAUUUGAAAAUUUGAGGAUGUUACCUCAUGCUCCUGGUGUUCAGGUACAGGCAAUUCCAGAAGAUGCCAUGAACGAUGAUUCAGACAUGGAGGACAAGGUUGACAAGGAUGAACGUUUGCCUCAAAAAGAGAUCGACAAGAGAAUAGGACAUGAUAAUGAGUUUUCGGAUAGUGAAGAUGAAGGAGAGGGUGGAAGAAGGGAUAACAGAAGUUAUAGGGGGAAAAAACGGCCGCGAUUCGAUAAGGGCGAUAGUAAAGAUGUUAAUAUGGAGAUAAAAGAAGAAGUCAAGUCUGAAAAAAGUGAUGAUGACGCUAAGCUCAGUAUAGUAGAAGAUACAAAAAAAGAUAGUGGUCUGAAUCAAUGACACAACCUAGCUCCACAUCCUAAGUUUAAGUAAUUAUCAAUGUAGGAUAUUUUUUUACAUUGUGUUAAGUGAACUUACUGAAGUAAACAAAGUGCAAAAGUUGAAAAUGGAUCUCUGUGUAAAUAUUAUCCAUAUCAGUGUUAUUAUACAACAGGAACUUUCCGUGUGUGAAUGCCUCAAUACUGUUUUCAGGGAUUUCACAGAAAAUGAGAAAUACUCAGAUUUUUUAUUUUUUUACUGUAAUCCAUUGUAAAUUUUUACCACUAACUUCUUGUCGUAAGUUUUAAAAAUAUUCAACUUCCAAAAUGUUAUUCAAUACCUAAUCAGAAUAACGUUGAUGUGAAUUUUGCUGAGCUUUUUCAGUCAGUGUAAGUGAAGGAAAUAAUAGCGGUGAAUUAUACAGAAAUCAAUCUCUUAAUGCAUCAUUAAAAAUCAGACUUAUUAAUUAUUUUGAAAGUGAUUUUAUGUUCGAUUUGAAUUGUCGGAAAAUGUUGCCACUAACGUUAGAAAAAACAUUUUCGUUAUACUCGAUCAUAUUGAGUGGUCUCUACUGAAUGAGUGGGGCAGGUAAUUGGCUUGUCCCUUUCUGAUAGGAAAAAUAUUUCAUGAAAUUUGAGUUCCAUAAGAAAAAUUUUCAAAAAUAUGUAUGGACACUUGGAUUGACCAUCUUGGUGAACAAAAAAUUCCUCUACCUGGCUGUGUGCAUUAUGAGGUUACUAGAUUUUCCUUAUUGCAAACUUAUUUCUAGCUAUUAUUUAUGAAUAAUAUUUUAUGUGUACCUUGACAUUUUUCCAAUAAAUCAAUAAUUUUCGACCUUAAA